CACGCCAGUGGCUGCUGGAAGUUGCACGGCGUAGUUAGCAUCUUUGCACAGUCUGGAAGCCAACCAUGGCAGGCAAGAGAGCGCUAGUAAUCCUGUCUAAAGGUGCAGAGGAGAUGGAAACUGUUAUUCCUGUGGACAUCAUGCGUAGAGCUGGGAUUGCAGUGACGGUUGCAGGACUGACGGGCAAAGAGCCAGUCCAGUGCAGCAGAAACGUCGUCAUUUGUCCUGAUGCUAGUCUGGAGGAUGCCAGCAAACAGGGGCCUUAUGAUGUGGUGCUUCUGCCUGGAGGAAUGCCAGGGGCCCAGAAUCUGGCAGAGUCCCCUGCUGUGAAGGAGGUGCUGAAGGAUCAAGAUGGCAGAAAAGGCCUGAUUGCAGCCAUCUGUGCAGGUCCCACUGCUCUUCUGGCACAUGGGAUCGGGUACGGCAGCACAGUCACUACACAUCCUGCCAUGAAGGAGAAGAUGAUGGCUGGAGACCACUAUAAAUAUUCAGAGGCUCGAGUACAGAAGGAUGGACAUUACAUCACCAGCCGUGGGCCAGGAACCAGUUUCGAGUUUGCCCUGACGAUUGUAGAGGAACUUAUGGGGGCUGAGGUUGCAGCACAAGUCAAAGCUCCUCUUGUUAUGAAAGACUGACUGUAGUCACUCACUUAGAAGCAUCACUGUCCGCUAUAUAAGUCUGGCGCUACUGAGACAGCUAAUUCAAUGUAGCUGGCACAAAGAGUCAAAGUCACCAGUGACAAAUCAUUCUCCCUUGGGGACGUGUGGAUGUUUCUGUUCUGACAGGUUAUUGUCCUGCUUUGUCUUUCUUAUUUGGCAAUGAAAGGCACCCUUCUGUUAUUUAAGGCUGAAAUACAGUAUAGAUAAUCACUGCACAGGUUUUCCAAAUGAGAUGAAAUUUAUUUUCUGUCUCUAUAGUUUUUCAUCAAAUUGUUUGUUCAUCAAUUUGACAGCUUUUAGUGCCAUUAAAGUGAUGAAACCG